AGAGGAGAGGAGAGGAGGAAAAGUGAAGAAAGAAGAGGAGGAGGAGGAGGAGGAGGUAACCUACAAAAAGGCUUCGCCGUCUUUCACUUUGUCACACAGACCACACACACCCGGAGCGGCAAUCCAUCCUGACUCACGUGUCACACAGUCGAGAUCCGGCGCCACCUGUUUACUUUGUUUAUUAAUUUUUAAUCAUCCGCAGAGGUGUCUAAUACGGCAGGGUUUUUUUUUCUCAGCCAAACUGCAGAAUUUUGAAUUUUUCAAACAAGCAAGCGGAAAGCAGAAAGAGGGAAAGAAAGAGAGAAAUCGCAACUGCGCUCCGAAAAUUACGCGUGGAUGAACUUGUGAGCGAGCGCGCGCGCACUGAACGGAAUAAAUGGAUAUGGACAAAAAGAAAAUGCUUUUCCGAGUUCAUCAACACCUGUUCAUCCUGCUACUGGCUGCAACCGUGGUGACGGCUCUGGAUCCUUCCCACAACCUGGCCAAUGAGAGAACAUCGAUAGAGAGAACAUACGAGCUGACCAAAUACCUCGAGUAUCAGCUCAAAGAAAUUAAAGACACGUAUCUCUCUUAUCUAGGCCCUCCAUUUGAUGAGAAAGAUUUUUCACCACCAAGGCCCAACAGCACAGCUCUGUCCCUGCCGAGUGCCGCCACUCGCCUGGAGCUGUGGCACGGCCUGGAGAACCAGGCUCGUCUCGCCCAGAACCAGAAGGCCUACUCUGUGCUGCUGGCCGCAGUGCGGGAGCUGGCCCGCUCCACCCUCUGCCCCUCUCUCCAGAUGUCUCUGUUGCACUUCUGCACAGGCCUGGAUGGGCUGCUGGGCUCAAUAUCAGGGCUGAUGACCACUCUCGGAUACACGCACCCACCCCUGUCUGCAAACAUACAGAGCAACAGCGGAGAGCUGCAGGACCCGGAGAUGGAGGCGGGGAGUGAUGAUCCCGCUCCACUGAUGAGCCGGCACCUAUAUUCCAGGCCCGGUGAGCGUAACAACCAAAGGAGAAGUGGAGCGAGGGUUGUCCGUGGAGAGAAGGAGGAUGGCGUCACUGUGGUCAUGAUGGGAAAAAAGAGAGGAAGAGAAGGAAAGAGAGCGGAGGCGACCACAUCUGGUGGAAGGAGUGGCAGAUCGAGGGAGAAGGGACGAGGAGAGAGAGGUAGAAGACAGAGGAGGGAAGAGCCUGAGAGUUGGAAAGGGGUCACCGAUGAAGUGGAGAAAAAACAGGAGAUAAGGAGGAGGAGGAGCUGCAGAGAGAAGGGGGAACAGAGAGGUGGGGGAGGCAGAGAAGGUUGCUGAGUAUCCAUGAAGAUGGAGC